CAAAGAAUUUUGCUAGUCAGUCUAACAUUAACCAGUAUUCAUUCACCACGGGCAUUUUUCAAAGUAUUAACUUAUUACGAUGCAGAAGGCACUAAUUUCUUUGACUGUACUAUGUUUGGUACAGUUAUCUUAUGCCGCAUUACCCCAUAGACAAUUCGAUGAACCAUUGAAGACCGACUUUCAAAUGUGGCACGACAACUGUGAAAUUUACAUUCCCGGUGUAACCCAAGAAGAAAUCAAUAGAGUUAGACAAGGACACUUUGAUACAAACAACCAAGCUAUUAAGAAUUAUGGUGCGUGUGUCUGGUUGGAAUCUAAAGUCAUUAACCUGGAUAUGGUUAUGAACAAGGCACUGUUGGACAUUUACAUGCCUAGGAAAAUUAUGGAAGACGAAUACAUCGGUUAUUUGCUGUGUGCUAAAGAAAAUAGAGAGAGAAAGGUACCCUUUGCUGAUAAGAUCUGGGGAUUGCUCCAGUGCAAUUACAAAAGAAAUCCUAACGACUUUAUCUUCCUCUAAUACCACAAAUGAAAAAAUAGAAGUAACACUUCGUGUUCUUCGAAACACUAGAAAAAAAAGAUAAUAUUAUUUAAUAUUAUAAAGGUAAUAUUUUUUAAUAAUAUAUUUAUAACAGUAACAUAUUUUAAAUAUACGUUUAAAAAUCUG